AUGGGUAACGAACAUUCAAAAUCAUUAUCAAACGAUAAACGGCGACGAAGCGCCGUACAAUUUCUAAUGAGAAACGCAGCAAUUGUCCCAACAACAUCACUUACAAAAGUGUCAACAAAGUCGAAACCUAAAGUACCAAAACAACCACCAGUCGAUGAAGAUAAAAUCGAAGUGGUUGCGCCGCUCGAUGCAAAUGGACGUCAUAAAUAUAUGUUCCCGGUCAGUGAGAAUGAAGUUGCGUUAAUGCAAAUGAGACAUUAUUUGUUUCGAGAGGUUUGGGGCACGAAUUUUUCCGCGCCGGUUGAUGAAAUAUUGCGGAGAACGAAUGCUAGGGUUUUGGAUAUUGGAUGUGGGCCUGGUACGUGGGUAUUGGAAAAUGCAACAGAAUAUGAAGAGGCAUGUUUUACGGGAAUUGAUAUUGCGACGUUAUAUCCAAAGGAAAUUAAACCACAAAAUACACGCUUUAUUGCUUCGAAUAUCCUUGAAGGACUACCGUUUGAAGAUAACACAUUCGAUUUCGUAUAUUGUCGGUUUAUGAUGUUUGUAUUGACACUUGAAGACUGGCAAGAAAAAGUGAUACCGGAAUUAGCAAGAGUUUUGAAACCCAAUGGAUGGCUAGAAAUCAUGGAAGGUGACAUUGUAUGGUAUAACGAACCAGCGUGCGUAAAGGAUUUGCGACAGAAAAUCGUCGAGCUCCUAAGACACCAGCGAGGAAUAGAACCAAUCUUAAGUCCACUCAUGCCACAAAUGAUCAAGCAAUGCGGUCAAUUCUCAAUAGUACACCAAGAUGAGCGAGCCGCGCCAAUCGGGAAAUGGGGUGGAAAUAUCGGCAAAGCAAAUAUGGAAUUUGUGAAAUGGGGUGCAGAGUGUCUUGGUGAUACGGUCGCUGAUUCGCUAGGACUAAAAGAAGCAGAGUAUAUAAAGUUGUUGAAUGAAGGAUUCCAAGAAAUUGGUGAGGAACAUGUGUUCUCGAAGACGCAUCGGUUCUGGGCAAAGAAGAUUCGGUCGGUGGAAAACGAUAUGUUUAUUGGGUUCUGA